GCAUCUCUCCACUGCGGUUUUGGUUGUCCCAAUUUAGAGGCAGUUGCCUCUAAUUGGGGACCCUAUUUAAGUUGCCCAUUUGAACCUUUCAUUUGUGGAUCACUGUUUGCACCAGCUGUGUUUGUGGAUUAUUGUGGCAGUUCACAGUUUGCCUCUCCCUUUGUUGUUUUCUGUUCAAGUUUAUGAAGAACAUUAAAAGGAUGAUUCCCUUAAACUCUGCGACUGUGUCCUGCCUCCUAAACUGUGACACUCCACCCUCUCCACCUAGCCCUGAUGCUGUAUGUGAGGGCGUUCUCACCCCUCUCUUUCCUCCCCAUAAUCAGCCACUUCAGCCUUGUCACUGGUUGAAAUUCAUUGGCCGUUUAAAGCAACACCAAACUCUAGCAACUUCUUCAUUGACCAUUCCAUCUAUUGACUGAGAACAAGAUCUGUGCCAUGUCUCCUGUCAUCAGUGUUGGUCUUCUGCUGCUUUGUGCAGUCUUUGCUCAGGCCUUCAAGUCUCCAGGUGGGGGAGGACUGAUGGAAGACGACAAGGACAUGUGGGGGGACACACACGACCUAAUGGACAGAGAUGAACUACCCGCUAAGAUGACCAAAGCUACGAUUCCAGGUCUUUGUUCUGUGUGCAAAAAAAUCAUCACGAAGGUCAAGGCCAAGCUUAACGGCAAUGAAGCCAAGGAAAAUAUAACCAAGAUGCUGAACUCUGUUUGUGACAGGAUGAUGUUGGUCAAAAGCAUUUGCAAGAAUGUUGUCAACAAAUACAAAGAUAAAUUGAUUGAUGCAAUUGCAAAACAUUCUGAUCCAGGAGGUGUCUGUAAGGCAUUGAGUCUCUGUAAAUGAGACAAUCCUGGGCUCGGUCGAAGCAUACAAGGUUUGUCAUUGUUUUAAAAAGAUGUAAUUUAAUUCAUUAAUCCUUACAGCUUAAUGUUAGAGUCAUGUGAAUCUCAAUUUUGAUUUUAUUAAAUUAAAGGAUUUAAGCAACA